CGCGCCUCGCCGCGCUCCUCCCGCGCUCCCCGCGCCGGGCUCGCUCGCAGCCGGACACAGACUCUGCCUUCAGCUGCCGGCGGAUCGGGCUGGAGCCGCCGCGGCUGCUGCGGAAGAGAAAAAACGGCCAACAGCAGCUCCGCGGCGGGCCCAGCAGCGCCUGGCCCCCAGCUCAGCCCCCGGAGUGCGGAGCCGCCCAGAUACUUUCUGAGUGCCUACUAUGUGCCAGCCUGUGCUAGGCACUGAGGACACAGGUGGAAAAGCCCGAAUUGCUCCCUGCUCUCCUGGCGCUUAUCACCCCGGAGAGUUAUGUCAUGCCCAGGCCAGCAGGGGGCUCCAUGAGGAUUCAUAGAAGAUGCCCCGCGUCUCGGCGCCUUUGGUGCUGCUUCCUGCGUGGCUCGUGAUGGUCGCCUGCAGCCCACACUCCUUGAGGAUCGCUGCUAUCUUGGACGACCCCAUGGAGUGCAGCAGAGGGGAGCGGCUCUCCAUCACCCUGGCCAAGAACCGCAUCAACCGCGCUCCUGAGAGGCUGGGCAAGGCCAAGGUCGAAGUGGACAUCUUUGAGCUUCUCAGAGACAGCGAGUACGAGACUGCAGAAACCAUGUGUCAGAUCCUCCCCAAGGGGGUGGUCGCUGUCCUCGGGCCAUCGUCCAGCCCAGCCUCCAGCUCCAUCAUCAGCAACAUCUGUGGAGAGAAGGAGGUCCCUCACUUCAAAGUGGCCCCAGAGGAGUUCGUCAAGUUCCAGUUCCAGAGAUUCACAACCCUGAACCUCCACCCCAGCAACACCGACAUCAGCGUGGCUGUAGCCGGGAUCCUGAACUUCUUCAACUGUACCACCGCCUGCCUCAUCUGUGCCAAAGCAGAAUGCCUUUUAAACCUAGAGAAGCUGCUCCGGCAAUUCCUUAUCUCCAAGGACACGCUGUCCGUCCGCAUGCUGGAUGACACCCGGGACCCCACCCCGCUCCUCAAGGAGAUCCGGGACGACAAGACGGCCACCAUCAUCAUCCACGCCAACGCCUCCAUGUCCCACACCAUCCUCCUGAAGGCAGCCGAACUUGGGAUGGUGUCAGCCUAUUACACAUACAUCUUCACUAAUCUGGAGUUCUCACUCCAGAGAAUGGACAGCCUUGUGGAUGAUCGUGUCAACAUCCUGGGAUUUUCCAUUUUCAACCAAUCCCAUGCUUUCUUCCAAGAGUUUGCCCAGAGCCUCAACCAGUCCUGGCAGGAGAACUGUGACCAUGUGCCCUUCACUGGGCCUGCGCUCUCCUCGGCCCUGCUGUUUGAUGCUGUCUAUGCUGUGGUGACUGCGGUGCAGGAACUGAACCGGAGCCAGGAAAUCGGCGUGAAGCCCCUGUCCUGUGGCUCCGCCCAGAUCUGGCAGCACGGCACCAGCCUCAUGAACUACCUGCGCAUGGUAGAAUUGGAAGGUCUUACCGGCCACAUUGAAUUCAACAGCAAAGGCCAGAGGUCCAACUAUGCCUUGAAAAUCUUACAGUUCACAAGGAAUGGUUUUCGGCAGAUCGGCCAGUGGCACGUGGCAGAGGGCCUCAGCAUGGACAGCCGCCUCUAUGCCUCCAACAUUUCGGACACUCUCUUCAACACCACCCUGGUCGUCACCACCAUCCUGGAAAACCCGUAUUUAAUGCUGAAGGGGAACCACCAGGAGAUGGAAGGCAAUGACCGCUACGAGGGCUUCUGUGUGGACAUGCUCAAGGAGCUGGCAGAGAUCCUCCGAUUCAACUACAAGAUCCGCCUGGUUGGGGAUGGCGUGUACGGCGUUCCCGAGGCCAACGGCACCUGGACGGGAAUGGUCGGGGAGCUGAUCGCUAGGAAAGCAGAUCUGGCAGUGGCAGGCCUCACCAUUACAGCUGAACGGGAGAAGGUGAUUGAUUUCUCUAAGCCAUUCAUGACUCUGGGAAUUAGCAUUCUUUACCGCGUUCAUAUGGGACGCAAACCCGGCUAUUUCUCCUUCCUGGACCCAUUUUCUCCGGGCGUCUGGCUCUUCAUGCUUCUAGCCUAUCUGGCUGUCAGCUGUGUCCUCUUCCUGGUGGCUCGGUUGACGCCCUACGAGUGGUACAGCCCACACCCAUGUGCCCAGGGCCGGUGCAACCUCCUGGUGAACCAGUACUCCCUGGGCAACAGCCUCUGGUUUCCGGUCGGGGGGUUCAUGCAGCAGGGCUCCACCAUCGCCCCUCGCGCCUUAUCCACCCGCUGUGUCAGUGGCGUCUGGUGGGCAUUCACGCUGAUCAUCAUCUCAUCCUACACGGCCAACCUGGCAGCCUUCCUGACCGUGCAGCGCAUGGAUGUGCCCAUUGAGUCAGUGGAUGACCUGGCUGACCAGACCGCCAUUGAGUAUGGCACAAUUCACGGAGGCUCCAGCAUGACCUUCUUCCAAAAUUCCCGCUACCAGACCUACCAACGCAUGUGGAAUUACAUGUAUUCCAAGCAGCCCAGCGUGUUCGUGAAGAGCACAGAGGAGGGAAUCGCCAGGGUGUUGAAUUCCAACUACGCCUUCCUCCUGGAAUCCACCAUGAACGAGUACUAUCGGCAGCGAAACUGCAACCUCACUCAGAUUGGGGGCCUGCUGGACACCAAGGGCUAUGGGAUUGGCAUGCCAGUCGGCUCGGUUUUCCGGGACGAGUUUGAUCUGGCCAUUCUCCAGCUGCAGGAGAACAACCGCCUGGAGAUCCUGAAGCGCAAAUGGUGGGAAGGAGGGAAGUGCCCCAAGGAGGAAGAUCACAGAGCUAAAGGCCUGGGAAUGGAGAAUAUUGGUGGAAUCUUUGUGGUUCUUAUUUGUGGCUUAAUCGUGGCCAUUUUCAUGGCUAUGUUGGAGUUUUUAUGGACUCUCAGACACUCAGAAGCAACUGAGGUGUCCGUCUGCCAGGAGAUGGUGACCGAGCUGCGCAGUAUCAUCCUGUGUCAGGACAGUAUCCACCCCCGCCGGCGGCGCGCCGGAGUCCCGCCGCCCCGGCCCCCCAUACCCGAGGAGCGCAGGCCCCGGGGCACGGCGACGCUCAGCAACGGGAAGCUGUGCGGGGCAGGGGAGCCCGACCAGCUCGCGCAGAGACUGGCGCAGGAGGCCGCCCUGGUGGCCCGCGGCUGCACGCACAUCCGCGUCUGCCCCGAGUGCCGCCGCUUCCAGGGCCUGCGGGCACGGCCGUCGCCCGCCCGCAGCGAGGAGAGCCUGGAGUGGGAGAAGACCACCAACAGCAGCGAGCCCGAGUAGUCCCGGCGGCCACAGGACGCGCGGAGGCGGGGCGGGGCGGGCACUGCUGUCAGCCGCGAGCCGGGACUUGUACAGCGUCGACACCUCUCCGGAUUUCGGAGCCAGUCACUUUUCCAAAAGAUCAAGGAGCCUGACGCCCCAGCCAGAGACCGCGCCCGGUCAGGCAGCGGGGUCCACCCGGAGACGUUGCACCCAAGUGGCAAAGGACGGCCCUCCCUCCUGGGCACAAAGACACAUCUUCUCCCAGCGGGCCUUUCCCUCUCGCCAAAAUAACAGAGUAUAGGGUGGGGGGUCCCUACCCAGACCAGUCCAAUGAAUUGGUGGAAUCAUCAGCUGAAUUCCCCCUAGUCAGAGGCCAAUGUACCCUCUGUCUAGUUCUUACCGAAAAAAAAAAAUUAAACUAAACAGGGAAGUUUUUCAUUUCUGGAUUUGUAUAUUUUUGUUAAUGUUCUUUUCCCUUUCCUCCUCUCCGUUUCUUCUUUGUCAUCUUCUCAGUUCUGUUAAUUUGUUUUGUGUUUUUUGGAGGGGGAGGCUGGGUUAGGGAAUGGAAGCCUAAAUAAUCCCCAUUUCUUCUUCUUCCUGAAUUUUGGGAUAUUGCGUUACCAGUGCAUCCGAUUUCAGGUGCUUAACUCUCCUUUCUGUAUGGUGAUUGGGGGCCUGCAGGAGCACAAGAGAAGGGGUCUCGGGAAGAGUCAGAUGGAGAGUCUCAAAAGCAUUGAAGUAAAGUUGUAGAUGCCAAAAAGCAAUUAACUCAUCGGAUACUCAGAGAGACCUUGAAACGCCUGGGAUGUCAAGGGUUAAUCUGUCUUUUCUUUCCCUUUCUCCUUCUGACUUUCACUGUUACUGUGUUUGAUUUGAUCUUUUUGUGAAUGUAGUCUCUGAAGACAGACAGGGGAGGAGAACAGAAUGCACAAAGUGUCCUAGGACUUCGUUUAAGGAGCGGAAAGAGUGGAUAGAAUUUUCCCAUACCAUGGCCUUGGCUUCCCGUGGAACAUGCUGUUCACAGAGGAGGAAGGACUAGGCCACGCCGUUGGUAUGGUGCAUACUUUGUCAACUGCAUCUCUUUUCAACCAAACUCAGUGGCUGCCUAUGAAGCCAGACCCCCAAGACUAUCAAUCAUGGAUUGGGUAGUUUCUUGCUACUUAGAUGUGAGACCUGGGUGCAAGUGUAUGUGUGUGUAUGUGUGCGCGCGUGUGCGUGUGUGUAUUUAUUCCAUAGAAAGACCUUAAGUAAUCAAGAAUUUGCUAGGUUCCUGGGAGAGAGGUGGAGUCUCCUAGUCAAUACACAGUCCUGGGAACCAGGAACUCCUGAGUCCUAACCUCAGCUUGAGCAGUAGCCCCCCACCUUGUAUGACUUUAGGUAAAGCAUUGAACUUCUGUUCCAUCCACCAAAUAGGAGUUACUGAUGCUGUCCAGGUUACCAGGUGACUGCUAGUGACUGCUCUCCAUGUGAGAAGUUUGCAGAGUCCAGAGCACACGUGUGAUGGGAGGGGCGAGGCUUUCUGCAGCUGCUUGACCUUUGCUUGACUUCACCAAUUAGGAGUUUCACGCAGAGAGUUCUCAUUUGCUGAUGGAAAACAAAUUCUAUGCAAUUUCCGGUUGUAAACUUAGCAAAUUCAGAGAGAGAGAAACAAACAGCCACUACCACCACCUCCACCUCCACCACCGCUGCCACCACCUUGAAUGGAAUUGUCCUCACUUUUGUUGCUGUUGCAAAUGUACUAAAAUAAAGACAUCUUUGGAAGAUGACGAGCUUAAUUCAUGUUUUUGCCAUUUGGGUUGGUCGGCAUCCUCUUUAUGCCAGGACAGUUAGUUAGGGCUGCCGUCCUGGGGGCCGAACGGUACCCUGAUUAUUCCUGUGAGGGAUACUCAUUUUGUCCUCACCUGACCUCACUCAUGAAUUUGAAUCCUUUAUCUUUUUUCUCUUUAACCAUCAAAUGACAACAAGCUGUGCAAGACACGUGGGUCUUUUUUUUUAAACCUUGCCUUGAUCCUCGUGGAGAAACAUGGAUUUGGUGGGAAGGGCACCUGAAGGCCGGCUGACCACAGACCCCAAUGGUGCCACUGUGCUCCAACCUGCAGCUCCAUCUCAUGCUUCUGACAACGUGGUUCCUACUGUCAGAUCACAUUUGGGGCGGGAAGGGUGGUUUUUUAAAAAAACUCAUUUUUAUGAGCAGGCUAUCUUGAUCAAUAGCAAACUUUUUUUAAUGGAUUAGUGAAAUAAAUGUCCCUAUGCAUCAUUUGUAGUCUGUUUCUUUCUCCGUGUGGAAUCAAGAUAAGACUGCCAGCGCUAGAUGGUUUCUGUUAGCUGCUGAGGCAAGGGCCGCACCUCGCUCGAGCUGGUGGGUGAAUUUGCAACCAGCUAGUACCCUUCCUUGGUUUGUCUCCACUUUUUAUCUGUUGGUGGUUGGCUUUCUUUUCCAGUCUGUAUUUUCUAUCUGACUCUGUAUACUGUAUAAAGCAGUUUUUUCUUGUCUGUUUAUCUUUCUUCAACUGGAAUAUUUACAAUAAAACAGAAACAAACCCUGAAA